AGCCUGAACCUAAGGCUACUGCAAGGUGAUGACUGGGGAGAGCCGUACCCGCUUGGCCAUCAAGCUUAUGACCAACCUGGCCUUGGGGAGAGGAGCCUUCCUUGCUUGGGACACGGGCUUCUCGGAUGAGCGGCAUGGGGAUGUGGUGUUGGUGAGGCCUAUGCGGGACCACACCCUGAAGGAAGUGGCCUUCUACAACCACCUGUUUGGCGUUCCCUUGGUCCUCAGACCAGCCAUCCAUACCAAGGCUCCAGAAAAGGCUAGCAUCCACCGGCUGAUAGAAGCCUUUAUCCUGAGUUUGCAAACUCUUUUCCCCUCUACAGUCAGUACUGUGUACAGGACAAGUGAGAAGCUGGUCAAGGCACCCCGGGAGGGCUGUGCCUCUGGCCCCUCCAGCUCCAGCUGCCUCCUCUGCACGUGUGCACUGGACAUUGACACCACUGACAGUGCCACAGCUUUUGGGGCUCAGUCCUCCUCACAUCUGUCCCAGAUGCUGCCUGCUGAGGCUGGGGUACCUACCACCCCCUGCUGUGGUUCAGGGGAGGGUCAGGCCCAGAGCUGCCACAGGGGAGUUGGCAGGAGGGGGGAUACACAGGCCUGUGUCAUAGAACAGCUGUGUUAUGGCUGCCGGGUGAACAUGAAGGACCUGUUCUCCCUGGAACCAUUGCCACCCUAUGUCCUGGCCGAGGCUCAGCUCCGCAGUCAGAGGGCCUGGGUCUCUAAGGAAAUCCAGGAGUAUCUGAUUACAGACGAUGAUGAGGAAGAGGAGGAAGAAAGCAGAGCCAUCAAGCAGGAAGGCGAGAACACUGGGAUUGGUCUAUAACUGUCCAUUUGUAUAAAUAAAAAUGUUUUUA